AAGUCGGAAUUCUGCUCGUAUUUCUCAAUUUUCUCCAACAGAACUCAACUUCUAUGCAAUAAAAAUACCAUAUUCAGAAUCAGAAUCAAAAGUCGAGCCGACAGUUAUGUAUCUCUGUCCUAUCUGAGUACUUUUAAUUUUUUCACAUUUUCACGCUGAAAAAUCAUUGAUAUUUUCACCCAAACCCUGAAAAUCAAGUAAAAAUUCCAAAAUACAUAUCAGUCGAUUCAACUUUUGAUUCUAAUUCCGAAUAUGGUAUUUUUAUGCCAAAGAAGUUGAGUUCUGUUGGAGAAAAUUGAGAAAUACGAGCAGAAUUCCGACUUUUUCGCCUCUAAUUUAGAAAAAAACCCAUAGAAACCAGAAUCGCAUGAUAUAGAAGCAUUGUCAAAACAUACAUUUGUUUAAUUUUUAGUCCUCUAUCAAAUGGCGUUUGAACCAAGUUUCCAUCUCUUUUCUGAGCUGAGUCAUUUCAAUUUUAAGAAAAGUUGAAUUUUUGAAAUUUUAAAUUAAAGUCAAAAAUUGAAAGUUUGACUUGGAAACAUGCUUUUUUCUUCAAAAUAUUCUUCUUUCAACACUGAAUCCAAAUAUCAUCUUCAAAAUGUUCCAUCUCUUAACGGUGAUUUUUAAAAGUCAUUUCAUUCAACAUCUAUAUGCCAAAACCACGGUUUUCGGGAAGUCCUGCUUCCAAAGGUUUUCGAGAGAACUUUCUACAGAAAAAAAGAAAGAAGACAUCCUGAAAUCUUUAAUCCCUGAGUUUCACUGAAUUUGGUCCGGUUGUUCCAUAGAUAGUUUCUCAUGCAAGACGCCUAUUGCGCUUUUACUCAUUGUAGGUUUUUUUUCUUCACUGGAAUUUAGUUGUAAAUGUACCCAUGUAAUCCAAAUAAAUACUUCACAACAAAUUCCAGGUUCCAAACAUCGUGAGAUCAACAUUCGUGCACAAAUCGGCAAGUAUAAGUAGAAAGAAUUAUUGUCUUGUAAAUAAAAAAAAUUUAAACAAAAAUACAAUUGCAUUAUAAUUAUUUGCCAAAAAAGAUUUUACGAGACAUUUGUUUUGAAGGUGUACACAUAGCUGGUGUUGAUCGAGGUGGUUUGUAUAAAUUGUUUGGAAUAAUGAAUAUACCACCACCGGUUGAUGAAGAUCAUUAUACACAUUUAGAUAAAUAUAUAUUACCAUUUGUUACUCAAUGUGAAAAUGAAUCAAUGAAAAAUGCUGUGAAAAGUGGUGAUACAACUGAUUUAACUGUUAGUGGCGAUGGAUCUUGGCAAAAGCGUAGCUUUUCUAGUGUUCAUGGUGUUUCCACCAUUAUUUCAUCAAACACACCAGCCAAAAUAAUUGAUACUAUUUGUUAUCCCAAAAAAUGCUCAAUAUGUCAAGGUGCCCUUAGCAUAAAUCAUUCUGAUAAAGAAAAAUAUAAACAUAUUAUCAAAAACCAUGUAUGUGAAGCAAAUUUCAUUGGUUCNGACAUAUACAUCGGUGAUGGUGAUUCUAAGAUAAUGCCACGAUUACGCGAAGUACCACAAUAUGAUAACGUUGAAAUUCAAAAAAUCGAAGAUAUAAAUCAUUGGUCAAAGAAAAUGUUGAAUAGAUUAGAAAAAAUAAAAAAUGAAUUAAAAGACACAAUUAUUGAUGGAAAAAAAGGAACUGGUGGCAGAGGAAGAAUGACAAAGGCAAUUAGUGAGAAUAAAACAAAUUUAGAAAUGAUGGUCAAAAGAACAUGGGGAAUAUAUAAACAUAAAGCCUCAACAAACGAAGAACCAUAUCAUGAGUGGUAUGAUCCAAAAUGUUGUGGUUACUGGAAAAGUUUACAAUUAGGUAAAAAUGGCUAA